AUGCACGUGCACAUGAAUAUUAUAAUGUGCUCUAAAUGUGGAGUUUUCGUAGCAAAAUUCACAACUUCACCUACUGUCAGGUACACAUUACCGGAACAGCUCACCAUCAUGGUGAACAACAGAGUACCCUCGGUAUUCUCAAAGACGUACGUGACGCCUCGUCGUCCGUUCGAGAAGGCGCGUCUAGAUCAGGAGUUAAAGAUCAUCGGAGAGUAUGGUCUGAGGAACAAGCGCGAGGUGUGGCGUGUGAAGUACACGCUCGCUCGCAUCCGUAAGGCUGCUCGUGAGCUACUUACCCUGGAAGAGAAGGACCCCAAGAGGUUGUUCGAAGGUAAUGCACUUCUCCGUCGUCUGGUGCGUAUUGGUGUGUUGGACGAGAAACAGAUGAAGCUUGAUUAUGUACUCGGCCUGAAGAUUGAGGACUUCUUGGAGCGUCGUCUCCAGACUCAAGUGUUCAAGGCUGGUCUAGCUAAGUCCAUCCAUCAUGCCCGUAUCCUCAUCAGACAGAGGCAUAUCCGCGUCCGUAAGCAAGUCGUGAACAUCCCAUCCUUCAUCGUCCGUCUGGACUCUGGCAAGCACAUCGACUUCUCCCUGAAGUCACCAUUCGGUGGCGGCAGGCCUGGCCGUGUCAAGAGGAAGAACAUCCGCAAGGGACAGAGUGGCGGCGCCGCAGCUGAUGAGGAGGAAGAUUAG